UCCUGCUGGCGCGGCCCACAAGGCGAGCGUGACCCGCGCGCGCACAAGGCGCCGGGCGCUGCACGAGGCCCCGCGGAGAACCGAGCUGACCGCGGAAAAGAUCGGCGCCCGCUGGUUUCGCCUGGUUCCGAGGACGUGGUCCUCGCCGUCACAGUACCAGAGGGCUUGUUUACAGAAGCGUUUGAUUUGUGCGCCCAGUGCUUGCAGUGUGCGCAGUAUUCAAGAAAGUGGCGAGCUACUUGAUGACACCUCCGCUUCGAGAACGUAUGUUUGGUUGAAUCUACAGGGAAUGGCGGACGUGCGAUUUCGCUGUAAAGUUCACGCGUCGUUUUGACGGCGGAUGCUGCGAGCUGAGUGGCACUUUCAGGUGCGAAGGCAUAGACCAAGGCGAUACGAUUCAAGCCUUGGACACACGGCUUACGACAUCGCUUCCGGCUGCCUAUACCGGACAAUAAGUGUGUUGUGUCGGGGAUUCAUUGUACUUGGCAUUCGUAAAGACAAUAUUCAGGCUCUUUGAAUGUGUUGGAGCUCUCCAGCGCUGCAUCUUAUUUUAGGAGCGUUAAAGUUGGUGAUAGGGCUGUGACUUGCAGAGGAAGCUGAUUUCUUCAGUGGCUGGUAAUCGGGCCGCACUGGAUGAUCAACGUGCGUGAUAUAGUUAUGGUGCUACCAUCUGCAUGUCUCUCUUGACAACACCGGUUUUGUGACGAGUCUGCCAUGCUACAGUAAAUACGCAGCUUCCCGGCACUGACUCGAUAGAACAGGGGAAAUGGCUGAAGAGAUCACCGCGACAGCUCCGCCACCACGGCCGUCAUCAAGAGUGACACUGGAUGUUGUGGGUCCCUCCCUGGGCUGCACCUGGCGUGCGUGGAUGGGUGGAUUGGUGAGGCGCUUGGUGGACAUAGUGGUGGACGCGACGUGCGGUGCCGUGCAUGCCUGCCGGCGCCAACCCGGUCGCGGCACACUGCCUCCCGUCACCGAACCCCUCCUCCUCAAGCCAGCCUCGGAACUGGCGCGCCUAAUUGCCACCGGAAAGGUUAGCAGCGAAGCAGUGGUUGGCGCCUUCUGCGCGCGCAUCGGUGCCAUCGAGCCCCAGUUGGGUGCCGUCAUAGACGAACGCAUGAGCGAGGCGCUGGACGAGGCGCGCCGAGUGGACAAGCUGGUCAGGGACUCGGUUGCUCAGCGCGGUAUCAAGGGAUCGGAGGCUCUGCUGGCGAGCAAGCCACUGCUGGGAGUUCCCUUCACUGCAAAAGACCUGUUGGCCGUCAAAGGACUGGCCCUGGACGCGGGACUGUGCAGCCGCCGUGGGGCGCUGGCUGAGUGUGACUCGGAUGCAGUGGCGGCUCUGCGAGUGGCGGGUGCCAUCCCUCUUGCGGUAACCAAUGUCUCCGAGAUGGCCAUGUGGUGGGAGUCCAACAACAGGCUCUACGGGCGCACGCGCAAUCCCUACGACCUACGCAGGACUCCAGGAGGUUCCAGCGGUGGUGAGGGCAGCUUGGUGUCAGCAGCAGGCUCGGCCCUGGGUCUGGGCACCGACAUUGGCGGUUCCAUCCGGAUGCCCGCCUUUUUCAAUGGCCUGUUUGGCCAUAAGGCGUCUCCAGGCCUGACGGGGCUUGGGGGGCAGUUCCCUCAGGUGCGCGGUCAUCACAGGGCUUUCGCGUCCUCCGGUCCACUCUGCCGAUACGCUCAAGACCUGGCGCCCACGCUGGUCGCGCUGGUCGGAUCGCAGCAGGCGCGCCACAGGCUGCGCUUACACGAGCCGGUGGACCUCAAAAGCAUUCGCGUGCACUACCUGACCGAAAUAGACAGGUGCUUCACCUUAUCGGCUGUUCAUCCAGACGUAAAAGUGGCUGUGACGGAUGUGGCGUCACAUCUGCGGGACACCGUGGGCCUCCGGGUGUCUCCCGUGCGUCUUCCCUCUCUGCGUCUUGCCUUCGAAAUGUGGGCCGCCAUGAUGGCUUCGGGCGACGCACCAAGCUUUCAAGAAGCACUACGAGAGUGUGGCAGCCCAAUCUAUCCCGGCUUCGAGCUACUGCGCUGGUUGGUCGGCCAGUCCGAGCACACAAUCAACGCCAUAACGCUCGCCCUCGCCGAAAACAUCGGCCCGAUCGCCAAGAAGGACUCGUCCAAGGCGCGCUCACUGUGUACUCGGGUCGAGCGACUGAGACUCAAUCUGGAGUCUCUCCUAGGAAGCGACGGUGUGCUGUUGCUCCCAACGCACCCGGAACCAGCGCCCUACCAUGGCGUGCCCACUCUUAGAGCUUUCAAUUUCGCCUACUCGGGCGUGUUCAACGUCCUGGGUCUCCCUGCCACGGCUUGCCCUGUCGGCCUAGGCGCCAGAUCGCGGCUGCCCGUCGGCGUGCAGCUGGUGGCUGCCAGGGACAACUGACAGAGUGACACUCGCGCUGGCACUCGAGAUCGAAAAUGCAUUCGGAGGCUGGCGGGAUCCCGCAACCACGGUGACUGACACACAAGCGAAUGGUCACGUUCGUCAGGUGUAACAAACAAUAAAUAUUCACACAUUAGAA